AAGUAGGCGUGGUCAUGGGUUUCAUCUAAACGGUCGCAAAACGAUACACAAUCGAAGCAUCCUGAUAAUAGGGAAACAGAGACGGAAACUUACCGAUGACGGACACGUUAUUCUUUCGGAUGCUGGAAAUAUCCCAACGUGUUGUGCGUGUAUAAAACUGUCAGUCUGCAGCCAUGUCACGACAGAUGGAUGAUAGCCAUCGAAGAUUCUUACAAACCAUGAUGGUCAAUGGCAUCGUUGAUGAACAAGGGGCAAGGACACUCUAUCAGCGUUGUUGUGAAACACACAACACACAGCAUGCUCCUGACAGACUGGAUGACUUCAUUGAUACCAUCAACUCAAAGCUGCAGCCCAUGUUCAUGCAGAUUAGAAAAGGAAUGUCUGAAGACAACGGUCACCAGCACUACGCUUUGGUCAACAUGGCUGAGACUGAUGUCACCAGAAUGUCGUCAGAUUAUGCAGAUAAUGAGCUGGAGCUGUUCAGGAAAACGGUGGACCUGAUCGUGAGCUCUGAAACUGGCAAGGCCUCCUCCACUGACAUUCUGAAUAGCGCUGACACCCUGACGUCCAAAAAGCUGAAGAAGAGCGAGACAGAGCACCUCUUGAACCGACUGGUGCAUGACAAGUGGCUCAGCGAGAAACGGGGUGAAUACACCUUGUCCACCAGAGGUAUCAUUGAGAUGGAACCGUACAUCCGCACAAUGUAUCAAGACCAGGUCAAAGUCUGCCACAUCUGUCAUUACAUUGCUUUCCAGUGCCAAAUAUGUGAGAAUCCUACAUGUGGCAUAAAAAUACACAACCCAUGUGUGGCCAGAUACUUCAAAGGAAGAUCAGAGCCACGGUGUCCAGCUUGUGAUGACUUUUGGCCGCAUGAAAUCCCUGAAGUCAGACGGCCCAAAUCUCACUCCAGAAGAUGAGGACUUCAGUAUCAAAUGUGUUUUUUAUUUGUUGAAAUUGUUAAGUAUCAUUUUAACAAAAGUUUGUAAUAAACCUGCUACAGUAAUAUAAAUUUCAA